UGUUUUAUUGUCUAUGUCUAGCGUCAUGGAAAUAGUUACUUUGUUACAGAACGUAUAAGAAUAACCUCCAAGAAGUAGUCUAUGCUUUUUUAAUCGCAGACCCUAAUAAUUUGCUAAUAAUGUUUAAUCUUUUUUUGUAUUAAAGGAAACAAAUCAAGAUACACAAGAACCUGUUUAGCGGGGGAAGUGGAUCAAGUCCAAGGAAUGUCGAUCAAGACCAGAAUGCACUAGUCUGAGAUAUCAUUACUCAUCUCACUCGGCGCUGAAUGGUUUCUUCCACCCGGGGCACUUUGUCUUUGUGCUGGAAACAAAAUAUUUUGAUAAUGUUUGACCACGUCGGUGGGAUGUACAGCAAGUCUGUGUUCGAGGACUUUAUCACACGCAAGGAUAACAAUCAAACUAUUCUUCAGGAUUACAACGAAUAGACGAAUGUUUGCAAUUGCUUCUUGGUGAAAACGAGUUUUCGGGUGAACCGGUAUGUCAUUGCUGGGCUGAUGCAUGGACUGAGGAGUUACAAGUUGCGAUAGCCCACAAGUUUAAUUGCAGUUUCAAGUAUCGAAGGUAAAGCUUGGAUAUCCUCAAUAGAAACAAAGAAAACGUUUAGGCUAAUGAGACAUAAGGCUAUCGAUAGGAAUAUGGUAUUGAUGUAGUAGGCAGUUGGUGCAUGGCAUGUGGUAUUAAGCAAUUUAUCCAGUUUGCAAUUGAUAUUUGCAGUACGAAUACCAAAGUAAAUAGCCCAUAUUCCUUGUUAAUAAUUGUAUGUGUACAGGAAUGGAUUCUCACAACCACUGAAAACCAUUUGCAAUUCGAUGUUACUGCUUUUGUAUGCAGUCCACAGGCCUACUAAAAAGAUUGACAAGAUUCUUGGCACAGAAUAGAAAACAACCCCAGCACUUGUGUAAUCGAGUCGUAGAUAUACCCAGCUUGAUACUGCACUAGCUGUUUUUUUAGGGGGUUAAACCAGUUAUAGCACUAAGGUUAUUAUCGUGUUAUAGUGCAUGAGCACAGAUCAGUGUUUAUGCCAUUUGACAGUUGUUGUGGCAUUCCAGCACAAUACCAUUAGAUUUACAUAACUCUUUCACACCAUCUCUUAUUGAUUCAAACAAGUGUUGGGUGACUACAGUUGAAAUGAGCUGAAAUAGUAGGGCUAUAGUUCAACAAGACAUCACCUAUUUGUGUGUUAAAAUGUUGUGCUCAAGGGUAGCAGCAUCACAAUGAUUUUAGGCAGCGUGUGUAUAUGAUUUUCAUCAGAGAGUCAAAAUGUCGAUGAAAGGCAAGGCACUCUACACUUUCCAAAGCGAAAACAAAGAGGAGAUCAGCAUACAGGAGAAUGAGGAACUGGUUAUCUUUGACGAUAACUCUGUAGAUGGCUGGUUACAAGGGGAGAACAGUAAAGGACAGAGAGGUCUCUUCCCGGCCUCUUACGUGGAAGUAAUCCGCCCUCGUUCCAACUCCAACCUGACAGACUGCUCCAUAAGCCCGGUGGGUUCUCCAGGCAAUGACUCCUCAUAUUUCCCCUCCGCCCCAAACACGCCCUUUCACAUGCAACAAGGUUACUAUGACGACGAUGAUGAUGACUGGGAUGAUUGGGAUGACAGUUCCACAGUGGUGGACGAUGAUGGCCGCAGUGGCGCAAAUGGACAUUCCCAUCAGAGCCCCCACUCCAACAACCCCAAUGUCCACUAUCGAGCCAAACCUUACAUGGAGAGGCAGGACAGCAUCUCCAGCUCGCGGAAGGGCAGUAUGGUGGGCAGGAACUUGAACCGAUUCUCCAGCUUUGUCCGCUCAGGGGUGGAAGCUUUUGUGUUGGGCGAUGUGCCCAUGAACGCUAAGAUAGCGGAGUCGUACACCAUUGAGAUGGGCCCCAAAGGGCCUCAAUGGAAAGAAAGCCCCACACCUUUCUCUUGCUCCAUCGAGGACCCUACCAAGCAGACCAAGUUCAAAGGCAUCAAGACCUACAUAUCGUACCGAGUGACCCCAAGCCACAAUGCGAGGCCUGUUUACCGGCGUUACAAGCACUUCGACUGGUUGUACAACCGUCUACUGCACAAGUUCACCGUCAUCUCCGUGCCCCACCUGCCCGAGAAACAGGCAACAGGGCGCUUCGAAGAGGACUUCAUCGAGAAGCGCAAGAGGCGGCUGAUCCUCUGGAUGGACCACAUGACUAGCCACCCGGUCCUGUCGCAGUACGAGGGCUUCGAGCACUUCCUCAUGUGCGCCGACGACAAGCAGUGGAAGCUGGGCAAAAGGCGGGCAGAGAAGGACGAGAUGAUGGGCGCCAACUUCAUGCUCACCUUCCAGAUCCCAAAUGAGCACCAGGACCUGCAGGACGUGGAGGAACGUGUGGACUCCUUCAAGUCCUUCGCCAAGAAAAUGGAUGACAGCGUCAUGCAGCUUACACAUGUGGCCUCAGAACUGGUGCGGAAGCACCUCGGAGGCUUCCGGAAGGAAUUUCAGCGGCUGGGGAAUGCCUUCCAGAACGUCAGUCAGGCUUUCAUGCUGGACCCUCCCCACUGCUCGGACGGCCUCAACACCGCCAUCUCCCACACGGGACGUACUUACGAAAACAUUGGGGAAAUGUUUGCGGAGCAACCUAAGUAUGACCUCUUCCACAUGCUGGACAAACUGUCACUCUACCAGGGCCUACUCGCCAACUUCCCGGACAUUAUUCAUCUACAGAAAGGUGCGUUCGCCAAGGUCAAAGAGAGUCAGCGGAUGAGCGACGAAGGGAAAAUGGACCAGGAAGAGGCAGACGGAGUGCGUAAACGCUGCCGGACAGUGGGAUUUGCUCUACAGGCUGAGAUGAACCACUUCCACCAGCGCCGCGAGGUGGACUUCAAGGAGAUGAUGCAGGCCUACAUCAAACAGCAGAUCGCCUUCUACCAGCGUGUGGGCCAACAGCUGGAGCGUACCCUGCACAUGUACGACAACCUGUAGAGGCUGGGCUUGUCAUCAGCCCUGACGUUAUCCUUUUGAUCCGAAAUGGCCGCCCAGUUCAACGGGCCUCUUCAGGGGUUGUCAAAAAUCCUAUUGGAAACAGAGACAUCCCACUGGACACACACUGGUUGUUUAAAUGUAAUUUGUCAAUGUAUUGUGACGUGGAAAAUACUUUGGAUUUGAACAAAGUUUUCAUCAUUGAAAUUAGGGUAAAACUUCAACUUAACUACAGAGACUUAACCUGAUUAACAGGUUGUUACAUAAGUCUAAUUUCAACAUAAUCAUCAUAACAAUUAAAUACGUGGAAAUUGCGUUGAAAAUUCCACGUAGACAUGUAAAAAAUCUUCAACUUUGGGUGGUUGAAAUGAAGUUUAAUUUCAUAUUUGAUUAGACAUAUGUUAUUUGAACUUGUUUCAAUGCUGAUAGUAAAAUGGUAUGUUUGAAUCAUUGUUUCAACGUCAUGCCAUCAACCUAAAUAGAUGUAUAUUGAAAUAAAAUGGUAAGCCACAGUCCAACGAUUCCUGCCUGAACAUUGACACCUACGGAGAGGUAAUGCACUUCAGUGAAACAAGUCUACCAUACAGAUAGAUGCCUUCCUCUAUAUACCCUCAAUCUGUUAUUCAGGUUAAGUCAUUGUAUUUAAGUUGAAGUUUUACCCUCAUUUCAAUGCUUACAACGCUGGUUGAAAUGAGAUGAAAUCAGUACUGUUUGAUUACUUUUUGUAUUUUCCACAUUGAUUCCACGUCACAAUACGUUGACAAAUGGUAUUGAAACAAUGUUGAUUUAACCAGUGUGUGCCCAGCGGGAUGGCUGUAAGCUGGAAAAGUGUCUGUUUAUUCUCUUUCUUCAUGGUGGACCAUGAUAGUCACACAAACCCUGGCUUGAAAGAAGAGAGGGGUUGCUGAGGUUGCUGCCUUAUAAAGAUUACUUUCUGCUUAUUUUGACUUGAAUAUGGGCCAAGUGGUUCAUAGACUCGGACAGAAAGAGGGCAUGUUCUUGAAGAGGCUGGGGAAGCCAGUUUGUGCACUUCACGUAAUAGUCACUUUCCAGGCUGAAAUUCGAAGUCUAAAUUCUUUGUUUCAAGGGACUUACACCAUUGUCUUCUUCAUAAAUCCACCAAUUUUGCUAUGUUAUGACCAACAUUUUUUUGUUGUUGUAUACAAUACCAUCUAUUUAAGGUGUUUGCAACAAAUCUUAAUACGUCAACUGAUAGGUGGCAUUUAAGAAUUCUCUGUAGAGGGUCAAAGAUAGGCAUGUGUAGCCUUAAGCAGACGGUAGAAGCUGUACCCCUUUCGUGUACUGUAUGAAAACCAUGACAGAGCCCAUGCCAUCUCCUCUCGUUGUUUCUCAGAGUAAGGGCUUGAAUGCUCAGGUGUUCACUGCAAACGUGUUACCUGAAUGUAUCUUCUUGAGAUAGCUCUCCAUACAAGCCAUGACUGUGCCCGUCGGCGGCUUUUAGAGUUCCAAGAGGCAGCAGCUGCACUACAUAGCUUAAGAGAAUUAACAUCAUGGAAUUAAUGUUACUUUUUCCCGUGGUCCCUGUAAGUGCCUUUAAGGAGCAGAGGCAUUUUAGUGUGAUUUUCUAAACAAAUGUCUUCACCUGCUUCUUUGCCCAUUUGAGGAGAAACAGGUCUUUGGAAUCAGUUGUGCUUCAGUUGAGUUUGCACAGGAGCUUUGCACCCGUCGAUCAUGGUGUGUGUGCGUGCAUGCCUCCGUGCGAUUGUAAAUUGUUGGGUUAUUGAUAGACUCCUUGUUCUUUCUGUUGCAACAAACGUUUGGCCAGCAGUCUUGAAGUUGGAAGUACUUAAUGUUACAGUAAGUGUAAACAAGGAGUAAUCACCCCUCUUAUUUGAGAAACAAUGUUGACUUUGAACAUAGUGUUCUUCUCUGAGCUGAAUCAUUACCGCACCAAUUUCAGUGUUGAUUACCAAAUAAUUGAAGUUGUUCCAGUCAUAUAACACAUGUAUUUUAAUAGGAGCCACCUUGUGAGACUUUAUAGAGAUCUGUGGUUUGUUUGAGCUAUCUUUAGAACUAUUAUGAAUCUAAGAGGUUAAGACGGAGACACUGCUUCUCAGAGAAAGCAUUGCCUCAAGAACAGUCAAGUAAAUUAUUAAAUACAGAGCACUAACUUGUUCACAAUUAAGGCGUUGCUUUGAAUAGUUACUUGAGUUAGCGGUCCAUUCACAUGCUUUAAUUGGCUUUCCCCAUGUACCGUUAAAUAAUACAGUACUCUACUCAGGGUUUUUAUUCUGAUGAUGGAAUAUUGAAGUAUAAAAUGUCUAGCACAGACCCCAAAGAGAUCUCCUGACAUGUAUUUCCAUUUACUUCAAUUUGACAGGACAAAAAACAAUCACCAAAAAAACAAUACUAUAAGUUAUUGGAUGAUGCCCUUUUUUUCCAGUAAUGCUUGAGACCAUAGUUUCAGUAAAUAAACAAAGACUGCCCUGCCAUUACCUUCUAAGUAAACUACAAACGUCUGACUCUGUCUAUGACUCAGUACUGAGUGUUGUCUCAAUGGCUGUUCCACUUCCAACGUACAUUCCAGGGUAUGGGUAGAUGUUAAAACCAGGUGUUUCACAACACUUCUUUUGAAAUGUCCUCAUCUUCUCGCCUGUUUUUUUUUUUUUUUAUUGCACAAAGACCAAAGUAUCACUAUUUAGCACUCAGUAUGAAAUGAAAGGGUCUCUCAAUAAAUAGCUGACCAUACAUAGGAGGUGGUCGAGUGUUGGCUGUCUUCAAUAGUUUUCUUAUUCAUACGGUCACAUUUUGAGGAGAUGGGUCUGACAACCUCUGUGGAAAGAGACUAACAGGGCAAAAGCAGAAGGAAUAUUCAGGGGAAAAGGACUGGAAAUGAUUCCAUGUGAACUGUUACUCACCGACUCUGACUGCCACUGGCAAUGCGAACGGUAAUGUAAGGACAUGUUGAUGAACUGUAUGGCUGGUGGAAGGACACUGAGUCUCACAUGGAUGAUUCUGGCUUAACGAGUAUGUGUGAGAAUGAGACUGGGACGGGCAUGAUGAGACCUAUGGUUCUGUUAUAUUUUCCUAUAUUGAAAUACACACUGUCUUAGGAUUUUGGCACAAGGAACGAUGUCACUAAGGGAGACUCUGAAAGUCUUAAUAAAAGCGAUCAUGCUGAUUCUGAUUUUU